GCAUCACAAGACAGUGGACGAGCAACAGGGGGCUUGGCAUCAUCGCUGAGCCCAGCGGAUGAUGUACCACCAAGUGCCAGUGUUGAGGAAAUGCAACCAGUUUAUGAAUUCGAAAUUCCCAACACAUUGGUUGGAUUGAUCAUCGGUAUCAAAGGCAAAACAAUAAAGAUCCCCACUCAUCAGAUUUGUACGGUGAGAGGACCACGAGAAAAUAUCAAUCGUUGCUUGCGAAUGAUGCGACAUCGUUUCCCGACAAAUCGUUUCCCAGAAUUAAAUUUAAGGCCCGUGCUGCCUUCGCCUUUCCCGGAACCAUCGCCAACAACUUAUCCAACUAAACCAGUACAGGUACUGUUGGCUUAUUUCUUGCAUCAGAAAGCAAAGAACCAUACAAUUGAUGUUUGA